AUGAAGGGUCUUUACACAUUUAAUCUUCUCCUGGUAUCGGCUGAAUUGUCUCGCCUUGCCUUGGCCGCACCCACAUCCGGCUCAAAGUCGUUCUCGUCGGUGGUUAUUUUCGGGGAUAGUUAUACAGACCAAGGGGUAUACCAGUACCGACCGGAUUCAAAUGGCGAGGUUGCCGAGCCGGGAACAUCCCUCUCAACGGGCGGCCGCGUGUGGCCACAAUACAUAGCCCAAUACUCGGGCGCGAACAUCUACGACUACGCAAUCAGCGGCGCAGUCUGCGAUUCGGCCUUCUCGCCCUCCCAACGGAAAGGCGUGAAGCAAAACCAGAUCCCAUCUUUUCUUGCAGACAACUCAUACACAAGCAACACGACGGGUGAAGGCGCAAUCUACAACCCACCGCGGGAAACCAUCUACGCAAUCUGGAUCGGCACAAACGACCUUGGGAAUCGGGCGUUCUUCACGGAUAGCCAGCCCGAUGGGAUGUCGAUAACGGCGUACACGGAUUGCGUCUUUGAGCAGCUAGAUCGGCUGUAUGAGGUUGGGGCACGGAGGUUUGUGCUUAUGAAUAUUGCGCCGCUGUAUGUGAGUCCGCAGUAUGCCCGCCCGGAGAAUGGGGGUGUGGAGAGUUCGCAAUUUUGGAGCGACAAGGCGGAGUUUAAUGCGAAUUUGACGCAGACGACGGAGAAGAUGAGGCAGUAUAGCACUUUGGUUAAUGCGGUGUAUGAGUAUCGGGUCGCUUAUGAGCUAAAGGUUGCGGGGAGGUAUCCCAGGAGUAGCUUUGCGGUCUUUGAUACUCAUUCCUUGAUGACUGACAUCUGGAAUCACCCCUCUACCUAUCUAAACGGAACCGCACCGUUGAACGUGACGGGCUUUGUGGCCGAUUGUCUGGAGUCAGAAUGCUCUUCAAAGUCCAGUUGGGAUAGUUAUAUGUGGUAUGAUGAGCUGCAUCCCUCCGAGCAGACGGAUCGGGUUAUUGCGAGAGAGUUUCUAGAGGUCGUUGGGGGCGAGAGCAAGUGGGCGAGUUAUUGGCGUGAUCACUAG